UGUUUCAAUACUACAUAACAAGAGGACAACAAUUUAACUAUUGGAUCAUUCAUGUGGAGCCAAUAGCAGCUCUUCUUACAGGAAGGAGGUGGAGCUUAUGAUCAGCAACAACUACCACAGUUACAGUUUGUGUGAAUGGAGAGAGUGUGUCAUAAUUAAUCAGAGGAGAUACAUAUAUGUGUAUAUUCAUUUGGAUUCAAUUCAAAAUGGAUAUGCAAUUUAAUUAUGUUAAUCUACUUAAUUUGAGGAUGGAGCGCAGUGUGCCAGUCAUGGAAAAUGUGGUUGCUUGUUUAUGUAUAUAUAAACCAUGUGGAUUCCACGUUGACUGAAUGGGCAUGGAUAUAAGUUAUACAAAGUCGUUUCGGCGAACGGUGUUAAUUUAAAUCUUAAUAAGAUGAACUUGAGAUGUGGAUUCCACCCCACUCAGCUCAGCUUUUUUACCCCAAGCCUGAGAUGAACAUGUCACAUUGUGAAGAUAUACAGCGUAACUCUGUUUUUAUGACGGACUGCUUCCAGCAUUGCCGACGCAGACAGCAUUUGGUAAAUUAUACGAUAGCUGCGGAAUGCUGGCCGAUGGGAUAUGUCUCCCCUUUUCAAUCCUGCAAUUAAAGUGUGUGUUGUACCAGCUAGAGUCGAAGGAGAAUGGCGCCCAAACUGCCUUCCAUACGAGAAAAAAUCCCCCCCAGGAUGCAUUGAGAAAUACUUUAUAUCUCGUGAUCGAUUCCUUUUACAUGUUGGAUGAAGAAGGUCAAUUUUAAACAGCAAUGGGCCUUAGUGUAGGAGCAGUGUUUCAUGGAGUCCUUAUUGUCCUUUUCUCAUCAAUUAAGACCUCAAGUCUUAGCACAGUUUCAUGCUCCAUGUCAAGAAGCACUGUACAGGUUGUUUCCAACUGUCCAGUCACAAAGGAGGAAUGGAGAAACGCUUCUCAAAUGAAGAACUGUUCAGCUUUUGCCAGCCAGUGUAGUGAUCCUGAUAAAUUUGUGUACCAUUGUGUGAUUAAUCCAUAUCUCAAUGAAACACUUGAAGUGUGUGCUUAUGAAAAGAUAAUCCUCUUAGGAUUUUGUACAGAAUAUAGUUACAGUGCCAACAGAAUUCAGCAAAGUUUUAAAACAAACUGCACAAAGUUUAGCAGAAAUCCAUGUCCACCUGCUUACUCCUCGACAGAGGCUUACAAAUAUCCUGAGUGUUAUGAACUUACAAAGAAACCAACAACAGAAAAUCCAACAACAUCAAUGCUUUCAACAUCUGUUUCAACUGAUUUGAUGAAAACAGUCCCUGUAUUUAAAAUGUCACCAGCUGGUUCAGAUGAUGAAGAAGACAAUGGUUCUGAUGCUGAUGUUAUAGGAAUCAUAGUUGGAAUUGUACUUUUCCUUGGCGUAGUGGCUGUUGUUGCAUUGUUAUACAGAAAAUAUUACCCAAAGGAGCAAGGUCAUCAUCAAAUAAAUGGGAGUGGAAGUGAAAGGUUUGAAAAUGAAAAUCUUCCUUUAAGGCAGAGUGAAGAGGAAGGAGGUUCAGAGGGAAAUAAACAUUUUGCACCAUCUGGAAUGAGUCUUGAGACUGAAUGGAAAGUAAAAGAAACCAUACCAGUUGAAGAAGAUGAAACACCAGAGACCUUUUUAAACCCUCCGAAACAAGAUUCUGAGGACAGUGACUGUCAAGCCCUGGUGAAUGCGCUAAGUGAUGGAUUAGGAAGGAUGGUAACCCAUCAUUCUGAACACAGUGAUGAACAUGACGAAAAAUUACAGAAUUUUGCGACAAAAAUCUAUGAAAAGUCACCACAAUUUUCAAAUGAAACCAAUGCAACAAUAAAGGAAUACAUAAAAGAGCUUGAGUCCCUUGAAAGAUAUUUUCAUAGACCAAAGAUAAAAGAAAAUGUGUUUAUGCUGCCAGAAUGAGUUGCACUGUAGAUGAUCUAUUUUAUGGUCUAUGUCUCCCUGAUCUGAGGUCGGAGUGUUGGAUCUAAACCACCCAAUACACUAUGUCUUCAAUAUGAUUUUGUUCACUAAAGGAAAACAUUUAAAAAGUACCUAAGUCACAUGUACAUAUUUACUGUAUAACAUGUUUUGGUAUGCUGAAUCUGUCUCAAGACAGGUCAUAAACAUAUGACUUACAUAUAUGUAUAGAUUAGCUGCAAUAAUGUAGCUCUCUCCGAUUUUUUAGGGGGGGGAGAGGGUUACAACUCCUUAGGAUCACCGUAAUGGUGCAAUGCGGCAGUGAAUCACUCCCGCACGGAUUUCGGCUCAAAUUAUCAGUGAAU